AUGGUGCCCAAGCAGGCGUUCCUUGCGGUGAUACCGAUUCUGGGUCGCACUUGUGCCGAUGCUGAUCCAUUCGACAUCACCGCGGAUCAUCUGGCAUGGGACGAUACGACGUACACUCUCAUUUCAAGCCGGCCUAAUCCAGAGGCGGACCAGGCCUGGCUGCCCCAGUCGAACGGGUACAUUGGCCUGACCCAGGGCAGCCUAGGCCCAUUUCUGGAAGUGAACAGCCUCCAGCAGACAUUCGCCACGGUCAAUGGCUUCUGGGACCAUGAGCCGGAUGGCAAGAGAGUGAUUGCUGGCAUUCCCCAUUUCACUGACCUCCUCGUUGGUGCAUGCAAUAGCACCUUGAACGGAACUACUGCCACUUCAGAAAUCAGCGAUUUCAAGUCCACCUUUUCUUUCUCCACUGGAAUUGCAACCUGGGACUACGUGUGGUCGCCGUCAACUUGCUCCGAAGAUAUUGCGUUGAAAGUCUCCUACGAGGCGUUCUUGUCAUUGGAUGAACGUCAUAUUGCAGCCGUGAAAUUGGCAGUCAGUAGCAACUCCGAGGUUGAAAUCCUCGUCACGGAUGUCUUGGAUGGGCACAGCGCCAGUCGAACUUCGGACGCAGAGCCUAGGUUUUUCCCACCGAAGAAAGCCAUCUUGACGUCUGUUAAGCCCGCGGGCGUGGAAGAUGUAUCCGCAUUCGUCUUUUCGACCAUGCGGGGUGACGACCUGCCAAAGUUUCAGAAGGGCCUUUCGGCAGACCCUAACACCAAGACGAUCUCCCAGAGUUAUAGCGUGACGCUCGAUCCCGACUUGAAUGAUGGCGCAUCGACUUUUGUCAAAUAUGUCGGGGUCAUGUCGACAGAACAUUUCCCAGACGCCAAGGCCCUCGUACCCAAGGCCGUCACCGAAGCUGCUGAAGCCGGAUGGGACGCCCUUCGCUCGGCUCACACUGCCUAUGUCGCUGCAUUGAUGGACAGCGACUUGCUCGCUGACUUCCGGGAUACCGCCAACGGCGUUCUACCAGAGGAUAAAGACAUACGCUGGCUUCAGAUAACAGCCAUAGCUUCCACAUACUAUCUAUACACCAGCCUCUUGCCCUAUGAAGAGCCUGAUGCUACGCUGUCUGACAGUCUUUGGAACAUGCUCGAGUCUGGGUGCGCCUCUUGGACGCUCCUGCUCCAGUCCUUCUACCCCUACAUCGGCGCGCCCUGGUACCAUUUCUCGGAGCACAAGAACGACAACAGGGACAUUGAAGUUGGCCCCAACCCGGGCUUUCCCUUCAUGACGGGCCACGAAGAGCUGCUUCGGUUUAUGACGGCCGGGUUCCUGGGCGUGCGGACCACGGACGCGAACCUCGUACUCAACCCCUCUCUCCCGCCGCAGGUGGCGCACUUCAAAGCCCCAGUGCAGUUUUACAAUGGCGCCGUGGUUGAGUGUCGGAUGAAUAGGACCCACACCACCAUCACCCGCCGUGACGGAGCCGAGUUCAACGGCCUCGCCGAGGAUGGGUAUGGAAAUGGUGCUAUGCCCAUCACCAUUGGCCGCAGCACGGACGAUUCAGACGGGUAUACGAUCCAUUUAAAGGUCGGAGAGACAGUUGUGAUUGCCAACAGGCAACAUAGCGACAAGCUUACCACACACGGAAAUAUUCUCCAGUGCAAAGCAUCCUCGUCGCCCGACGCACACGUCCUGGGGCAACUGCCCAUUGCCGCCACCGACGGUUACACAGGCACCAGCUGGCAGCCCGAGUCAGACUCAGCCGCGACACUAGUUGUGAGUCUGGGAGCUUCCGCGGAUGAGCAUGCUGUAGAGCUGGACAGCAUUCUACUCGACUUUGGCAUGCGGCCGCCGAAGAAUAUCCGCAUCCUCAUCUCCAACCAAACGAGCUUUGCUGAGCCUGCGGGAGUAGAGCAGCAGCAGUCACUGGGACAGUGGGUCCCCGUCGUAAUCACCAAGCCCUGGAUUCCUGAUUCACAGGCUGUGCGGGACUCUGGAAACACCACGGUCGUCGAGCUUCCACGCGGUGUGUGGAGCGGGAGGUAUGCCAGGCUGGACAUUGAUGGAUGCUGGACUGAGGAUAGGGCAGGGGCUACUGUUGCUGAAUUUGCGCUCAUUUCCAGAGGUUCUGCUGUCAGUGAAGGCGAGCACGACGCACCUAAGACUGUGGAUUUCGAAGAGGUUGGCCAUGACGAGUUGUAG